CGUUUGCAAGGAGUCUCGAAACACGUUGAGAGCUACCGACGAGAGCUGGUGCAUCAUGUCCGAGGCGAAGAAAAUAAAGUUAGACUCGACGGAGAAAGGAUCGCAACAACGGAAAGCCAAGCAUGGAAAAGCAGGCAAGCGCAACUAUUACGCGAAGGUGCGAGACGACAAUGGCACAGGCGAUGGACCGAGGGACCGCUGCAUGAAACCCGGCCACCGAGGAAUUCUGGUAACGUGCAACGGGCACGUUCGUGAUUGUGUACGCGACAGCUAUCGCAUCCUGAAUGAAUACGCAGACGAACUGUACGGACCGGUUGAAACUACGCGCUGCGAAGAUGAGAACCAGCCCGAUGGUGGCAGCGACGAGGAGGACAUCUCGGUUAAGCUGCAAAAGGAGGCGGAAGCGGCCGGUAAAAAGCGUAAUGCAGCGUCUUUCCGCUUCCAGAGCGUGGAGAGCGGGGCCAUGAACUGCCUCUUCAUCCAGACCGUGCUGCCCGAUCCGAAUGAGAUUGUCGUGAAGCUAAUGCGAGAUUUGAGCGCUACCAAAAAGCACAAAUCUCGCUUCAUUCUGCGAAUGUUGCCGAUUCAGGCGGUGUGCCGUGCGAACCUGAAGGACAUCAUGGAUGUCGUUGGGCGAUUGGGUGACCAGUACUUUCUGAAGGAGCCGAAAACGUAUGCCAUCGUAUUUAACCGUCGGCUCAACAAUGACCUCUCGCGGGACGACGUAAUUCGCGAGCUGGCCGAUCUCAUCACGUCCAAGAAUGCGGGAAACAAGGCGAACCUGAAAAACCCCGAACUGGCGGUCAUUGUGGAAGUUAUCAAGGGGUUGUGCUGCAUCGGCAUCCUGCCCGAAUAUUACCCACUUCGGAAGUACAAUGUUGUGGAACUUGUCGCUGCACGGGACCCACCGUCAUCUUCCGCGACGGAACCUGCCAAGGCGAAGGAUGGAAAGGAAGUGGGGGAAACCGUGAACGAGCAACCGGAGCCAGAAGAGCAGAUAAAAGAUGCCGCCGCUGGGGAGAAAGCAAACUCGCCCAAAAUAACGACUCCAUCCGACGAAGCUUCUGGGUAAGAAGAAUGUUUAUUAAUCAAGCAAUGAUGGUAAUGUUAAAAAGAAAAAAAAGUACAUAACGUUAGUGAAUUCUAAUAAAAACGAAACGAAUUUGUGCACACAUAA